UGACAUUUGACAUUCUUGACAGUGCAUUUUUUGAAAGCAAUCCGGUUUAUUAAUAUUUUUCACAAAAUUACGAAGUUAAUUAAAGGCAAGUGAAAUAGAUAACAAUUAAAUAUUUAAAACUAUAAUUCCAGUGUUUUAACAUUAACAAAUGACUAGUACAUUAAUUUAGCACUAAUGAAUACAUGAAUGAUUAUGGACUGUUGAACAAUGGAUCACAAUAAAAGUAAACCAGUUACCACAUCCGUACCUCAGAUUUCUAUAAAGUUUCACGCCAACGCUGAACAAAUUGAAGAGUUGUAUGCUAGCGAAGACGAAGCUACAAAUAAAACUGAUGAGAAAAAUGAAAAACUGUCUGCUUCCAGUACCCCUACAAACUUAGGUGAAGAUAGCAGUCCAUUAAAGUACUUUAACAAAAUAGGCAAAAGAUCAGUUAGUGUAGAUAUUACAAAUUCUCAACCCUUAUCUGCUUCCCCACCAUCUGAUCCAUGGAGGUUUUUUUCUGAUAUAAAGGUAAGUGUAGCACUUAAAACAAAAGUUGAAGACGCACUUUUCUUAAAAAUACAAUUUUUGGUAAUUAUUGGGAAGACGCCCUUUUCUUAA